CUUUCUCUCUCUCUAAAUGGUAGACCCUUUUCUCUUUCUUUCUCUCUCUUUGUACCGAGAUACCCGUUCGAAUUAUGAAAUCAUUACAUCGUGUGAACGACUGAUGCAGAAACGUGCAGCCAUCGAACAUCCUAUCGGAACAUUCUCAAAGGUACAUUGGUUCAAACUCGAGAAAAACUUCAAAUGCUUACUUUCAAACAGGGUAACCUGGCCAUUCACCAACGAUCAACUAUGAAAGGACAACGACCCUUGCACAUCUUUCGCUUUGUCGUUCAUCCGAGUUCAAAGUUCGAAGAACGAUCUAGAUGGCGAUUAAAUCAGUUAAAUCGAUCAAGGGAGGCAAGAUUCAGGUUCUCCGAAUCCGGAUUUAUUCUGAUCAAAGAUCGAGAUCGAGACCGAUCGUGAAAAAAAUCAUUGGCCGAAUCGUCACAUCCAACUACCGGGCAUACACGGAAUGCGAAUGGGUUUGGUGCGAAAGGACGGAAUAAAAGGGAAUGAACACAAGAUUUGUGAUCUUCGCGACUUCUGUGACAAUCGAUGAUCAGAGAGGGGGAAAAAAGCAUCGUCCUUGCAUACAGCUAGUAUCGGGUAUAUAAAAGCUGGCAAAGUGAAGGAACGCAGAUGUUAGUGGUUUCUAAAAUCCACCGAUAUCGUCGCGAGUGCUACGAGGGAUGCCAUUUAAAGUGUUAGCGAGAGUGAUUGAUCUAUGGUGAUGAUGACCACUUGGAAAAUUGUGCCUCAGUCACUGAUUUUCUGGCUAAUGAUUCUUGGCACGUGGCAUUGCACCGGUGAAAAAUUAUCUCCCGAUCAAAAAGCACCUCUGUUUGCUCGAGGUUCUGGUGGACUGAUCUUGAAUACACCCUUCGAGGACAAUAAAGCCAGGAAUCGUCCGAUUUCAAAUGUAAAUGCACCGGUGGACAACGUGCAAAAAGAGGAAACGGAAAUGCUGAAAUUAGUGGAUGGUGAACUAGUGCGAACUGUAAAAGGAAGUCUCUCUUAUAAUAGCCCCGAAGGUCUUCCCAUUUCUAUUAAAUACGAGGCUGAUGAAAAUGGAAAUAGAGCCAGCUUUAAGUUUGGUACCGGCUCCGCAAAUGGUAGUAAUCGUUCCGUUAGUCCUAAAUCAAAAAAUGGACGUGGAGAUAAAAAUGUUGAUAAAAGCUAUUUACCACCACAAUAGAAUUACUAUUAGCUUCUCCCGACUAUACGUCUAAUGAGCUUUCAAUGCUUUAAUAUUUUGAAUAAAAAUUUUUUUUAUUGAUUUUAUAAAUCAAAAAGUAAAUUUUGAAUUAUAAAUUUUUUCUUACAAUUCAACAUCAUGACCUCUUGAACAAAAAUUUUAUCGAUAUUUUAUAUUAUCCUUCUUAAUUACUUUAUAUAAUUUAUCGGUCAAUGCAAUAACCUAGAUGCUUUUAAAGUAAGUCAAUGAUCCCAUGAUCAUCUUAGAAUCAAUUAAUUUUCAGGAAGAUCAUUGAUCAUUAAUGCAUUACUCGAAUAUUAUCUUUCUGUCAUAGAAAAUAUUUUCUAUUCGAGUAAUCGCAAAGUAGUUAGCAAUUAUUAAUGCAUUGUUGAACAUAUUAAAUUUUUAUAAACUAAGAAAUAAAAUAUAUUUUUUCACAGA